AUGUCCCGGAACGGAUCAACCUGGGCCCAAAUCACAGCAACCACACAAGAUGGCCACGACAUCUCAACCCCCCUGCGAUUUACAACGCAUCACAACCUUGUCUAUCGACUUGUACUUUCGACCCUGACUGGUCGCACGGUACACAUCUCGCAGAUUCGCUCAUCCUCGCCUACGAACCCCGGCUUGGCGCCACAUGAGAUUUCGUUCCUUCGAUUGCUCGAAGCUGUUACCAAUGGCUCUGAGAUGGAAAUUUCGUACACCGGUACCAUUCUGGUUUACAAGCCCGGCUUGAUCACUGGCAGCGCGAGCGGCAUUGGCGCCAGUGGCGGAGUGAUUCACCAUGAACUUCCUUCCAAUUGCAGUCGUGGACUGAGCUACUUCUUGAUUCCUCUCUGUCUGCUUGCACCAUUCUCCAAAUCGCCGCUCAAAGUUCUCUUCACUGGCUCCGGUGUGAUCACUUCUGCUACCCCGACGGGUGACAUGUCAGUCGACAGCGUUCGCACCGCGAUUCUUCCCCUCUAUAAUCAAUUCGGCAUGUUCAACAACGUGGAAUUGCGCAUUCUGAAAAGAUCGAAUCCUGGCCCCAACGGUCGCGGUGGUGGUGGUGAAGUGCAAUUUACAUUCGGACACCAAAUUCGCCUUCCCAAGACCCUGCACCUCAUGAACGCUGGUCGCAUCAAACGCGUGCGAGGUGUUGCGUACUCUGUGGGUGUAUCAGGCUCUAACAACGCCCGAAUGAUCGAAUCUGCGCGUGGUAUUCUCAACCCGCUCAGCCCGGAUACUUAUAUCUUCUCUGAUGUCUCAUCGGCACCUCUCGUUCCUGCACCAGACAAGAGCAACCCCAAUGCGAAGAAGAAGAUCGGACUCGGCUUCGGUCUGUCUCUUGUCGCUGAGUCUUCUACCGGCUGCCUUUUCUCCGCCGACGUUGCGUCUCCGCCUUCUGGUGGUGAGGCUCCCGAGGAUAUCGGCAGAAAGUGCGCCUUCCAACUGUUGGAGACCGUCUCAAAGGGCGGUUGUGUGGCUCCUGCAGCAGUCACCACCAUGCUGACUUUGAUGACUAUGGGGUCUGAAGAUGUUGGUCGUCUGCAGGUAGGACGUGAGGUUAUCGCCGAUCCUAACACCGUUCAAUUGGCGCGUGACUUGGCCAAAUUCGGUGCCCCUGGUUGGGGUAUCCGUGACGCGGCUGGGGAGAACGAGGAUGGCGAUGUGAUUGUCAGUGUCGUUGGGCGCGGAAUCGGUAACAUCGGCCGAAAAGUCGCUUAA